AUGGCUAAAAAUGGCUGGAACUGGGUCAAUCGAAGACAAACCCGUGAAGAUUUUGGUUGGAAUUUCCUGACCUCGAUACGGCAGCUACGGGUACAAUCUACGUCGCAAACCUUAGGGGAAAGAUCAAGGGCGAGGAGAGCUACCUUUUCCAGGUGGUGGCGCAGCCUGAAGUUACCAAAGUUGUUGUCGACGAAGAGGACUAGUUUUGGGAGAUUUUUCCUUCGAUCUAGAUGGCGUUCCGCUAGUUUUUCACCCACGAUAAGGGGUGGGAUGAAACGAGGUGGUGGAGGCGAGUCGAUUGGGACCGGUCUCGGGGCCUGA